GUCGGUUUCAUUUCGUCGAUCAACAAGAGAGACAACCGCUUGUUUCUUGUUGAUGGCCUGGUUUCGGGAUUAUUGAGACUAUUAUUUUUGAGGCUUGAGCCUGGGGGGCUUACUUCACCACGAUAUCUUCAGGUCUCAGCCUCACAAUGCGCCAACAGGCUGCGGGACAGCGAGCACGGCGGCAAACUGCCCCGUCUAGGGGAGAACUGGAAACCCAGAUCAGGAAUAUCGAGGAGAUUCAAGGGUCGCAGGAGACUACAAAGCCCAUUAGUGAAAUUCAAAAUGAGCUCGAGUUUACACAAUGGUACAAUGAAGUUGAAGACGGUCUGCUAGAAGCCAGCUACGAUGAGUACCAAUCCUGCCUUGAUGAACUCCAAGUCUCCAAAACCCACCUAGAUGCGUUAUUGACCGAUACCUCUUCCACACUCAACCUCCUGACCAGUCUAUCCGAAUCCUUCAAGACGGUGGAAUUGCAAACGUCCAAUUUUCAGAAACAGUGCGAAGGGCUUCUGUCUGCUCAGAAACGCGAUUCGGAGUUAGCGGAGAACAUCCAGGACAAUCUUCAGUACUAUGACUUUCUGGAUCCUGCUUCAAGGAGGCUCAAUGCUCCGGGGGCAGGGAAUACGGUCCGUGGGGGUGAUUUCUCGGAUAUGCUAAGGCGCUUGGAUGAAUGCUUGGACUACAUGGAAACACACCCCGAGCAAAAGGAAGCCGAAGUAUACCGUUCCAGAUACAGGCUACUUAUGACCCGUGCUCUCACUCUCAUCAGAGGUCACUUCGUUUCUGCGCUUCGAGAUAUACAUUCUGCUGUUUCAAAGAAGAUUGCAGACCGACAGCUCAACGAUACUACCAUGUCUGCUCUUCUAUACGCCAAAUUUAGAGUCGGUGCACCUGAAUUGAAGCAAAUUGGUCUCGAAAUUCAAAAGAGAGCUGUUCCCCCUUUGGAUCCUGACCAAGGUACCGAGGCCGAAUAUCAAAGUCUUCUCAAUGAACUUCACACGAAUUUUGCCGCGACUCGUGCAAAACUAAUUGUGCCGCUAGUGCACAAAAAGCUCAAUGACAUUGCGCAGGCUCCCAGUACUUCAACAGACUUGGUCUCUUUUGCCCGCGCCGGUAUCAGUUAUAUUCGUGGUGUCUGUUUGGACGAGUUUGAUCUAUGGGGAGAGUGGUUUCACGGCCACGGGGGCCUGUAUGACUUUUUAGAGAUGAUUUGCGAGCCACUUUACGACCACCUCAGGCCCAGAAUCAUCCACGAGGACAAAAUAAUCAAACUUUGCCAACUUUGCACUCUCUUGCAAACUCGUUAUCUACUGGACCCGGAAGAAGAAAACGAACAGGUUGAUGACACCCAACUCAACUUCUCUGUUCUAAUUCAGCCAGCCCUGGAAGAUGUCCAAACUCGUCUGGUCUUUCGUGCCCAAGCUUUCCUUCGAGAUGAGAUCGAGCGAUACAAACCUCGACCUGAAGAUCUGGACUACCCUGCCAAGAACAAACAGGCUUCAAUAUCAGUCUCAGAUAAUCAGAUCUCAGGUAAAAAGGUUGCCCCUGCCGAUGCGGUGGUAAACCUGUCCAAACCAGCAAAGCAAGGCGAUGAUGAUAGCGAAUCUCCAGCAGAGCAAGAUACAAAGUGGGACUUUGACUCGCAAGCUGCCCUGAGUGGAUGGUACCCGACCUUGCGAAAAGCAAUUUGGUUACUGAGCAGGAUAUAUCGACUUGUAAACUCCACCGUUUUUGACGACUUGGCCCAUCAAAUCGUACACCAAACCAACCUCUCUCUUCACCAGGCAAGCACCCUGGUUUCCAGCAAAUCUUCUUCCACGGAUGGCCAACUCUUCCUAAUGAACCAUUUGCUCAUCCUCAAGCAACAGAUUGUUGCUUUUGAUAUCGAGUACGUGGCUCCAGAAGUAUCAUUCGACUUCUCUGGGGUUACCAGCACGUUCUGGGAACUCAGGGAACGAGGCGGUCUUUUCAACCCCCGCAAUCUUAUGCGACUCGUCGGUCACGGAUUACUGCCAAGGGUAGUAGAAAACAUGUUAGACGCCAAGGUAGAGCUUGACGGACGGUUGAGAACGGUAAUAAACGACUUUAUCGAUGAGUUCUCAACCAAAAUGACAGCGUCCCUACCGUCCAAAUUUGUCGAUAAGCGCAACCUCCAACAAGGGGAAUUGAUCUAUCCCACCUGCCGGAAUAUCGAGAAGGAAGUUCCCGGUCUCCGAAAAUUCCUCAACGACUACCUCGAUGAUGUCCGGAUGAAGGAGACCCUGGUCGGCGCAGUGCAGGAUCGAGUUAUCCAGAUCUACGAAGAUUUCUUCGACAAGUACACGUCCUCUGAGAAGAGCAAAGGAAAUCCCGUGAGCAAAAAGGGCAAGGGGCGCGAGGAUGCCGUGUGGGAUGUGAAUAGUUUUGCAGAGUGGUGUGAGGAUAUAUUCAUGGUUGGCGUUACCGGGACCCGGCCAGGCGAAGAGGAAGAGGAUCUUAUGAGCAACAGUAGAAGUGGAAGUCGAAGUCUGAGCAGAAGUGGUAGCCUGUGAUAGCGGGUCAUGACCGGUUCCAGUCUCCUAUAGUAGAUACCACCAAAGUUAUUGAGCGUUUUUGAUGCAUGUAUGGAUUUCUCACGUCAUUUUUAGAGAUUUGUAUAUAUUGAAGGGACACAUGCUUGUCUAUUCCAUUUUAGGUUACAAAAUACUACAACAUAGUAUCAUUGACAUGAGACAGC